UGUAAUUAUUGUUUUUUUGUGUAGUAAGUUAAAAUUUUGUUAACUUUGGCAUUUUGUUAAGAUAUGAUAAAAUAAUAUUCGUAUAUUUCCUAAGUUAAGAGAGAACCAUGAGUAACAUUUAUAUUCAAGAACCACCCGCGCUUGGGAAGGUGCUCAUAAAAACAACCGCCGGAGAUAUCGACAUUGAGUUAUGGACGAAAGAAACCCCUAAAGCGUGUCGAAAUUUCAUACAAUUGUGUAUGGAAGGAUAUUAUAAUGGCACAAUCUUUCAUCGCGUUGUUCCUGGUUUUAUUGUGCAAGGUGGAGAUCCAAAUGGAGAUGGUACUGGCGGAGAAUCUAUUUAUGGUGGCACUUUUAAGGAUGAGUUCCACUCUCGUCUCCGCUUCAACCGUCGCGGUCUGGUCGCGAUGGCGAAUGCGGGGAAGGAUGACAAUGGUUCACAGUUCUUCUUUACGCUCGCUCCAACACCGGAACUGCAGAAUAAGCACACUAUAUUCGGGAAGGUUAUUGGGGACUCAAUAUACAACAUACUCAAGUUAGAAGACGGUCUGAUAGGCCCCGACGAUCGGCCCGAACACCCACACAAAAUAACCGCCACGGAAGUGUUAAUUAACCCUUUCACUGAUAUUGUGCCGAGAAUAAUAGAAAAGGGGGAUGUUGAAGUACCAAAAAAGAAGAAAAAGAAGGAGCGGCAGGGGGUUAAAAACUUCGGUCUCCUUUCGUUCGGGGAAGAAGCGGAGGAGGAGGAGGGGGAGGCGCAGGAGUACAGAGGAAAACCGAAAUCCACGCACGAUUUGCUUGAAGACCCCAAACUUAGCAAGAAAACCGCUGCUGAAUUAGAUCUCGAACAAGGAACAGUAAAGGAAUUGUCAACACUCGAACAAGAGAAGAAAAAAGAAGAAACAGCAGCCGCAGUAACAAAUAUAAGAGAUAAGUUGAGUAAGAGAGAUCGCAGUCCCGAAGAAAGAGAUAGUAAGAGAAAGAGAGAGGAUAGUGGGAGUGAAGGGGAGUAUUAUCUGGGAAAGGAGAGGGAUAUGGAGAGGAGGAAGGAAAGAGACAGAAUACGCGACGAAAUAAAACAGCUCAAAAAAGAGAUGAGAGGAGCCAAAGAGGAGAAGAUAGAGACUCAACAAGAGAAAGAAGAGAUAAAAGUGAUUGAGUCCAACGAAAUGUACCAGCAGUUUGUGGAAGAACAAGAGAAGUAUAAGAAGAUGAAAGAAGCUAUACCGAAGAAGGGAGCGGCCAGAAGCAGACGUUCAAAGCUAACCCGAGAUUCGAUACCAAAGAAACCAUGGGUCAAGAAUUUGUAUGAAAAUCGAGAUUAUCCCGACAACUAUACGGACUCGAAAUUUCUAGAACAUUUAAGAAAAAAUCUCUACGUAGAAAAAGUGACUUUAAAAGAAGCGGUGCAAGGCUCAUUUCGCGUUGUACUACGAUUGUGUCUAUGUGUGCUAUACGGAGUUUUAUACACGUAUAUGUAUAAUAAAUGGAUUCACACACACACGGUUAUUUAUUCGUCCAUUAUUGUUACAAUAGUGUGUUUCAGUUUGUAUGUGUGCGUGGAAAAAGCUGUUUUCGUACAUUGUAAGGUUGUGUUAGUGUAUUUAGUUAUAGGUUAUAUUCUAUCGCCAAUUUUACACACAUUGACAGAUACAGUGAGCACAGAUACAAUAUACGCGUGGGCGGUUAUAAUGAUGCUGAUACACUUGAUGUUUUUCGACUACAAUGUGCCCGCGGCUUUCGUUUCUAAGUCACUAUCGAUAAAUGCCGCCAUUUUUGCAUCCGUUUGUCUAGUUUCUAGAUUGAGCACGCCGUUUGAUGCGUUCGUUUUGUUGACUAUAUCUGUGCAAUUCUUUGUGCUCAGCCCUAGAUUAUUUCAAGUAUAUUUGGGCACUAAAUUAUUUUUAAUUUUGUUUUUUAUAAUUUUGACAUUGACAGUUGUGUCACUGGCCAGCGUGUCAAAUAUAUUGAUGUUUUAUUUUGUUUUAUCUGUGCUAGUUUUGAGCGCGUACUGUCCAGUAAUGUUUGUAAGGUGGCAAAAAUAUAAAGAUAAUAAAUACGGGCCGUGGGAUGAAGCGAUUUUGAACAAUUCAGACGAGUUGGAUAGCAGUAUUUUUGAUUAAUCUAAUGUCUAUGUUUAAAUAAUAUAAAGUUUAAGUUAUGGACUGAUUAUUUAAUUGCAUUUAAGCGCUUAUUUAUUAGGAAAAUUAUUAAUUACUUUGUAAAAUGUGCUCAAAUUACCAAAUUAUAUAUCUGUAAUGUUCUUAUUAAAAAUGUAAAUAAGUAUUGGAAAUUGUCGUAUCCAUACCAAUAUUAUAAAUGCGAAAGUAACUCUGUCUGUUACUCAAUCACGCUUAAACUACUGAACCAAUUUGCAUGAAAUUUGGUAUGGAGAUAUUUUGAUACCCGAGAAAGGACAUAGGCUACCUUUUAUUGCGAAAUAUGUACCACGGGCGAAGCCGGGGCGGACCACGUAGUAGGUAAUAUACCAAAGGUGAUCAUAUAUAAAUUACUAUAGAAAAACGGUUUGGUCUACUUAGGCAUUUUUAUUUUAAGUAGAACAAUAUUAAAUCAUGACAAAUAACAGUAUUUUUGUAUUAAAAAAAACUUUAUUAUGUCUAAUGUUGUAAUUCCAUUCAAUUAACGGGUAACCUAAUUAUUUAAACUAUAUGUUAUUAUGUUUUGACGUGAUAACGUCUUUAAAAUCGUUUUAGUCGGGUGACAUGUUCAGAAACUUGUGUCACACCAAAACCUCACGAGCGCGAUCGCAGGUAUAACGAGAGAGAGACGGACGGAUCUCCCGUCUCAUCU